AUGCCGUCUGACAAGACCAUCGGCGUUGAGGACGAUGCAUUCAACACCUUCUUCUCUGAGACUGGUGCCGGCAAGCACGUUCCACGCGCUGUCUUCCUGGACCUGGAGCCGACGGUGGUGGAUGAGAUCCGCACGGGCACAUACCGCCAGCUGUUCCACCCCGAGCAGCUGAUCUCCGGCAAGGAGGACGCGGCAAACAACUACGCUCGCGGUCACUACACGAUUGGUAAAGAGAUCGUGGACCUGUGCCUCGACCGCAUCCGCAAGCUCGCGGACAACUGCACUGGUCUGCAGGGCUUCCUUGUGUACCACGCUGUGGGUGGUGGUACGGGUUCUGGUCUUGGUGCCCUCCUGCUGGAGCGCCUCUCUGUGGACUACGGCAAGAAGUCCAAGUUGGGUUACACAGUGUACCCGUCCCCACAGGUGUCGACGGCCGUGGUGGAGCCCUACAACUCGGUGCUCUCUACGCACUCGCUGCUUGAGCACACCGAUGUUGCGGCGAUGUUGGACAACGAGGCAAUUUAUGACCUCACCCGAACUCUGGCGCAGCCGGCCACCUCAACGUGGUGCCAGGGUCUAGUACUCUCUGCUGGAGAGGAAGCUAAGCGCCCGCUACCUACCCGCACUCUGUGGAGUGGUAGUAGACGCCUAGUUUUCAGGGCCGGCAGGGUAUAUGAUGGAGCCUUUUUCGGGCUACCCGCGUGGUGUACUUUUUUAGUAUGCUUUCUGAAUGCCAUCGGCGCUCACCUGCGCCAUCCUAAUCGACUACGUGCAAUAUCCAACGCACAGCGUCACACCUUAUUGUUAAGUGGUGAUAUUGAGCAGAACCCUGGCCCUAUUUCAGUACUCCAACUCAACGUUCAAUCACUCACGCCCACGAAACUUACUUCCCUACUAGCGAAGGGAGCAGAUAUUAUUAUUCUGCAAGAAAUUUGGAGAAACUCAAAGCAAAUUUCUGCUUUGAAAACGGACCCCUAUGUAGCGUAUGCGUAUACGCGCGAAUCUAGAGGUGGAGGAACCUUAAUUAUGGUUAAAAAGACACUAAAGUCACGCCGUGUGAACUUUCGC